AUGGCUUCAUCCACAAAGUUCUUGCGAGAAUACAAGCUUGUGGUGGUUGGUGGCGGUGGUGUGGGUAAAUCUUGCUUGACCAUUCAGUUGAUUCAAAGUCACUUCGUCGACGAAUAUGACCCCACUAUCGAAGAUUCCUACCGAAAGCAGUGCGUCAUUGACGAAGAAGUCGCGCUCCUCGAUGUGCUGGAUACCGCUGGUCAGGAGGAAUACAGCGCCAUGCGCGAGCAGUAUAUGAGAACAGGAGAGGGUUUCCUGCUGGUUUAUUCAAUCACAUCUCGCCAAAGUUUCGAUGAAAUCACCACUUUCCAGCAACAAAUUCUGCGAGUAAAGGACAAAGAUUACUUUCCGAUGGUUGUUGUGGGCAACAAGUGCGAUUUGGAAAGCGAGCGUGAAGUAACCAGACAAGAAGGCGAGGCUCUGGCAAGAUCCUUCAACUGUAAAUUCAUCGAGACGUCUGCAAAGUCGCGCAUCAAUGUUGACAAGGCCUUUUACGACAUUGUUCGAGAGAUUAGAAGAUACAAUCGAGAGAUGCAAGGCUACUCCACUGGUAGCGGAGGCGGCUCUGGCGUCAACGGGCCACCCAAGCCGAUGGACCUGGAGGACGGUGAGCAGCAAGCGGGCUGCUGCAGCAAGUGUAUAAUCAUGUGA